CGCCGGCGGCGGCGAGGCGAGGGCGGCGGGGAGCCCUCGGCCUGCGCAGCCCGGCCCGUUGCCGCCUCCUGCCCCCCCGGGGGAGCAGCCAUGGCCGCGGGAUGCCCCCCUGGGUAGCCGAAAGGCCGCAGGAAGCCCUGCGUGGCGCCAGCUGCGGCAGCAGGGUGCGGGGCCCCGUGGAGCCACCGGACGCCGCGGCGGGCCGCAGCGGCGGGAGCUGCGCGCCGCCCCCCUCCCUAGCGCCAGGGAGGACCCCGCCGCUCUUGCUCAGAGCGCUCGCCGUUAUUUGCUGCAUUGAAGCAAUUGUGGGGCAAAAAUUGUGUCCGAGGGCGAUGGAGAACUACGUGGCAGCUAUGGUGCUGAGUGCUCUUGGGGACACGCUGGGCUUCUACAAUGGGAAAUGGGAGUUCCUCCAGAGCGGCCCUAAAAUCCACAAGGAGCUGGCACAGAUGGGGGGGCUCGGCAACUUCAGUAUCCGGGGCUGGAAAGUCAGCGAUGAUACAGUGAUGCACCUGGCCACAGCUGAAGCCCUGGUAGCUGCUGGGAAAAAUCCAGAUUUAGCACAUCUCUACUCCUUGUUGGCAAAGAACUACAAGGAGUGCAUGAACGACAUGGCAGGCAGAGCUCCAGGUGACACAUGUAUGGAAAAUGCUCUGAAGCUGGAGCCAGAGAGGCCGGAUGGCUGGAGAAUCCCAUUCAGUUCCCAGGCAGGAGGCUGUGGUGCCGCCAUGCGCUCCAUGUGUAUUGGGCUGCGUUUCCCCCGCCCCCAGCAGCUGGACACCUUGGUGCAAGUCAGCAUCGAGAGUGGGCGAAUGACCCACCACCAUCCCACCGGCUACCUGGGCUCCCUGGCCUCUGCUCUCUUCACUGCCUUUGCGGUCAACCGCAGACCCCUCCAGGCCUGGGGAAAGGGGCUGUUGGAAGUGCUGCCGCGAGCAAAAGCCUAUGUUAAGGAUGCUGGCUUCUUCGUGGAGGAGAGCAUGGGCCACUGGCAUUACUUUGAAGAGCAGUGGGAAAAAUACCUGGAGGAGCGAGGCAUAUCGGAUGGAGUCUCACCACCUACCUUCCCCUCAAAAUAUGGUGUCGCGGAGAGAGAUUCAUUCUACACCUCCAUCAGCUACUCAGGCUGGGGGGGCAGCAGCGGGCAUGACGCCCCCAUGAUUGCCUAUGACGCACUGCUAGGCGCCGCAGGCUCCUGGCCUGAGCUGGCUUACCGUGCUUUCUUCCACGGGGGUGACAGUGACUCCACGGCUGCCAUCGCGGCUUGCUGGUGGGGGGCGCUGCACGGCUUCCUUGGCGUGAGGGCCACCCUCUACCAAGACCUGGAGUUCAGGGAGCGCCUGGAGGCAGUGGCCAGGGACCUGUACCUGCUUGGUACUGGCUAGUCUCCAGCAAGCUAGCUGUGCUCUUUGCAAACUGCUGAGUCCGUGUACGUGAUUGUAACAAGGGUGAAGCUUGCUUUUUCUUUUUCUGUGUGUUGUCUUGAGCACAGAUAUUUAAUAGCAGCUUGGGAUUUGGCGGGGAGCAGUCACAUGGUGGUGAGGUGUAGAUGGGCAGCCAAGCAGCAGGGGUCUCUUCCUGUCCCCGAAGCCAGGCAAGGUGGCCUAUGAUGGCUACAUCAGGCUCCCACCACACACUGCCAAGAGGGAUGUGUGGCCGGGGAUGCCACUCAUCUUCUAGCACUGAACAUCUGCAGAGACAAAACUUGUGCUCCCUCUCUCAGGAUGCAUCUGCUCUAAGCUCUGGUGGAGGCAACAGCCAGCUGUGUCAGGGGGUGACAUUCUCCCAUACAAUUAAUUUAGUAGAGAGUAUUUUUUGUUUUGAGUACCAAAAAAAUUAACCUUGCAGCUUUGCCGCUGCAUUUUGCAGAGCUCCACAGUGCUUUUGCUGUUUAAAGAAUGCGUCAUGCUAUUUUCCUAUCUCAGGUAAGGGGAAGUUCCAGACUGCUGGCUAAACCCUUCUGCAAGGUAAGGGCUGCUAAUGAGUGAAUGGCUGGCUCGAUCCUGCAUGGCUUGCUCCCAUGCUUUUCAAAGAGACCUGGACAGGCUGGAGAGUCGGGCGGAGAAGAACCUCAUAAGGUUCAAUAAGGGCAAGUGCAGAGUUCUGCACGUAGGGAGAAAUAACUCCAUGCACCAAUACAGGCUGGGGGCUGACCUUCUGGAGAGCAGCUCUGCAGAGAAGGACCUGGGAGUGCUAGUGGAUGAGAAGUUGACCAUGAGCCAGCAAUGUGCCCUUGUGGCCAAGAAGGCCAAUGGUCUCCUGGGGUGCAUUAGGAAGAGUGUUGCCAGCAGGUGGAGGGAGGUGAUCCUGCCCCUCUACUCAGCCCUGGGGAGGCCUCAUCUUGAGUACUGCGUCCAGCUGUGGGCUCCCCAGUACAAGAGAGACAUGGAGGUACUGGAGAGAGUCCAGUGUAGGGCUACAAAGAUGAUCAGAGGGCUGCAGCAUCUGCCCUAUGGGGAACGGCUGUGAGAGUUGGGCCUGUUUAGCCUGGGGAAGAGAAGCCUGAGGGGGGAUCUUAUCGACGUGUACAGGUACCUGAAGGGAGGGUGUCAAGGGGAUGGAGCCAAACUCUUGAGUAGUGCCAUGUGACAGGACAAGAGGCAACAGGCACAAACUGAAGCACAGGCAGUUCCGCCUGAAUGUGAGGAGGAAUUUCUUCACUAUGAGAGUGACGGAGCACUGGAAGAGGUCACCCGGAGAGGUUGUGGAGUCUCCUUCUCUGGAGAUCUUCAAGGUCCGCCUGGAUGCAACCUGGUCUAACAUGCUGUAGGUGACCCUGCUUGAGCAGGGCAGUUCGACUAGAUGAUCUCCAGAGGUCAUCCUGGAGAUCUUCCAACCUUACUGAUUCUGUGAUUCUAUGAAUGUAGAUGUUGCAUUUUAUAUCAGGUUAGGCAACUCCUGUAGUAAACUAUAUUCUUAUAUUUAAGUCUAGACUAGUAAUGAUUAUUUGUUUACCAUUUGCCAUGGAUUAUGCAGCUCAUUCUGUGACAAAUAUGCUUUUCUUCAAAUCCCCAAUAUUAUACUCCUAAAUGCUUAUUAUUUUAAGAGCAAUUUCAAAAUCAGGCUAUCCCAUCCAAUAAAUGGAUACGCCAUGCCUC